CUCUGCAAUGAGGAGAGCAUCUCCAGUUUGGACCAGGAGGAAACGGUUCCUCUGCCGAUUAAAGAGGAACACGAGGAACACUGCUUCACUGAGAAUGAAGAGCAGCUUUUACUGAAGCAGGAAACUGACACCUCCAUGGUGCCUUGCACUAAUGAGGAAAGUGAUGAUAAUGAACCCAAAAUAUGUUCUGACCAGUUCAUCUGUCACAGCUCUCCUGGAUCUAAGAAUCAUUACCAGGAAGUAGACAACCGUGUGGACACCAGCACAAAGCUGAAGCCAAAGAAGACACAACACAGAAACAAAGACCACUAUGCAUGCAAGGAGGACAUUUUCGAUGACAAAUGGCUCUUUAACCUGGAGAAUAAAUCUGGUCUGAACCAGCAGGACCUAGGACUUCUACCAAUAAAAGAGGAAGAGGAGGAACUCUUCACAAAUCAGGAGGGAGAGCAGCUUGUACUGGAGGGAGAGCAGCUUGUACUGGAGGGAGAGCAACUUGUACUGGAGGGAGAGCAGCUUGUACUGGAGCAGCAAACCAAUCCCUUCAUGAUCUCUUCAGUUUUUGAGGCACAGAGUUCCUGUAAAGAAGAGCCAAACAGCCAGCUCCUUUCUCACGACUCUCUAUGCCAGGGAAGACCAGAUGAGAAACCAUAUUCUUGUAACACCUGUGGGAAGAGAUUUAAAUACGUGUCAACAUUGAAAGUACACACGAGCAUUCACACAGGUGAGAAGCCUUUCUCUUGCGACGCAUGUGGGAAAAAAUUCAGGAGAAAGGAUAACUUGUUGGUCCAUAUAAGAACUCACACCGGUGAAAAGCCUUUUGCCUGUAACAUCUGUGGGAAAGCGUUUAGUGACAGAUCAAAUCUGAUAUGUCACGUUAGAUAUCACACAGGUGAGAAGCGAUACUCGUGUGAAACAUGUGGGAAGCGAUUUUAUCAUAAAGGCAAUUUAACGGUGCACAUGGCGACGCAUACAGGUAUAAAACCUUACCACUGCACCACUUGUGGAAAAAGAUUUAUCCGCUUGGAAAAGUUGAAGAGCCACAUAAGCAUUCACACGGGUGAAAAGCCAUAUUCUUGUGAAGCAUGUGGGAAAAAUUUCAGAAGACGUGACAAAGUACUGAACCACAUGAGAACCCACACAGGUGAAAAGCCCUAUCCCUGCAAGAUCUGUGGGAAACCGUUUAGGGACGCUUCAAAUUUGAUACGUCAUGUUAGGUUUCACACAGGUGAGAAGCCAUAUUCUUGCGCCACGUGUGGAAAAAGAUUUACACAAAGCGGUAAUUUGACUGCCCACAUGAAAACUCACACACGUAUAAAGCCUUAUCAAUGCAACGCAUGUGGGAAAAAAUUUACCUGCUCAGCAAAGUUGCAAAGGCACACAAGAACUCACACAGGUGAGAAGCCGUAUUCUUGUAAAACAUGUGGGAAAGGUUUUGGCCAAAUGAGGGAUUUAACUGUCCACAUAAGGACUCACACAGGUGAUAAGCCCUACUCCUGUGUAACCUGUGGUAAAAGCUUCAGCCAGAACAGUCAUUUGAAUGUCCACAUGAGAACUCACACAGGUGAGAGGCCAUAUUCUUGCAAAACUUGUGGUAAGACUUUCAGUCAAAAUAGUCAUUUGACUGUCCACAUGGGGUCUCACACAAGUGAGAGUUCUUGCAAAACAUUUGGAGAAGUUUUUGCUCAAAGUGGUGGGAGUGUUCACGUGAAAAAUCACACAGCUGAGAGGCAGCACCUUUGCAAAUCUCCUGGCAAAGGUUUCAGUUCUGUGACGGAUCACACAAGAGUCCACAUGGGUGAGGGGGUGAAAUUUAGCGAAACUACAACAAGAUGUGGUCAAAGUAGUGACUGACAGUGUACACAAGAAGUUGCACAAGUGAGAGGAAGUAUGUUUGUAAAACCUGCAAGAAGAGGUUCAUUCCAUGAGGUUUAAUGCCACCAUUGUCAAAGCAUAUGAAACUGCAAAAUGUGGAAGAUGUCAAAGUAAUUGUCACUGAAACAUUGAUACAAAUCACAUGGCAAAGAGCAAUUGUAUUCAAAUAAUUAUGUCACAUGUUAUUAAGAAAUGGUCGGGGAGAGAUGCAUCGUCAGAAACAGGAAAUGUGUCAAGAAGCCAAUGGAAGGGAAGCGGGGAGAAAAUCCUCCACGCUUAUGGAGCGAUAGGUCCAAAUGUGACAAAUUCAGCUUGCUAGAGUGUUUGAAGAAGGUCAAGAAGAGACAACGGGGAGUGUUUUACAGCCAUCGUUAAACACAGUGGGACUCUGUUUUGGUUUGGGGCUGCUUUUCAGCCACUGAUGUUGGCCGUCUUGUCAAAACUGAUGAAUUUAUGAACCUAUUAAAGAAGUGUCUGUGCAUCUGUAAAGCUGUAAAGUGUCAGCAUGACACUGGGCCUCAUUUACUAAUGUUUACGUAGAAUUACUCUGUGUUCACAAGCAAAAUUAUUGUUGGAUUUAUAAAACAUACAACCGGCCUAUUUAGUUCUUACUGCUUAUGUUAAUAAAUCUGAAGUGU